UGCCCCCUCGCCCCCUCCGCCUUCCGCCUCUCCACUCCCACCUCCCCCCUGUCAAGAAGGGUACUCCUCCGGCGACGGCGCCGCCUCCACCCUCCCCGUCAAGUUCUUCUCUGGCCCGCCCGACCCCAGCCAUCCUUUGACGCUUGACAUCCUUGGUCCGCGGCGCCGCAUCCCCGGCAGAGAAAGGAGAAUAACACCUAACUUCCACAACCGAGAUGGCGGAUGGCGGCCAAGACAACGAACUUGCUGCUCUCGAGAAAGUGUUGCUCGACGAAAGUGCAGAUCCUGUCGGUCUGCCUUUCUCGCUUCUCAAGGCCAUCACAGGAAACUUCUCUGAAGAUAAUGAAAUUGGCAGCGGCGGGUUUGGAGCGGUUUACAAGGGUGUGCUUCCAAGUGGUCAUACCAUUGCCGUGAAGAAGCUCUUUGAGAGAUUUGAGAUACCGGACAAGAAUUUCGCAAGUGAGAUCGCCUGUCUUGUUGGGGUCAAGCACAAGAACACGGUGCGAUUCCUCGGAUAUUGCUCCAAGACGCAACAUGUGAUGAAGCUGUUUGAGGGGAGGCUUGUCUGGGCAGACGUGCGGCAGAGGUUGCUCUGCUUCGAAUACCUACCCAAAGGGUGCCUUGCUGACUUUCUCUCCGAUGCAUCUUGUCGACACCAGUGGACCACAUGUUACGAAAUAAUAAAGGGGAUGUGUGAGGGAGUACAUUAUCUUCACCAACAGCGUAUUAUUCACAUGGACCUCAACCCUCAGAAUGUACUAUUGGAUAAUAAUAUGGUGCCUAGAAUUGCGGAUUUUGGUCUAUCACGGCGCUUAAGUGGAAGCCAGAGUCGGGCUAUUACUGAUCACAAGCUUGGGACAAUGGGAUAUAUGGCACCAAAAUUCUUAAAUAACGGAGAAAUCACUUUCAAGACAGACAUAUAUAGUUUGGGUGUCAUAAUCAUGAAGAUCCUUAUGGGACAUAAGGAGUGCUCCAGUGUUAAGGAGAUAGUUGAAAGCUGGACGAACAUGUCAUCCAUCUCAUGAUCAUCAAAAUGAAUCCACUAACAAAGUUGAUUAAGUCUUGUUAACAAAUUCAUUCCGAAUAGCACGGAAC